AUGGGCGAUUCUGCUGACGACCAAACCGGACCCCUCAGUGCGCCCGCCGACGCAGGCACAGGGCUCGACAUGGUUGAGAUCGCAGCCGACGGGGACUUGGUGCUCGACGUGACCUUCGAUACGUCCAACGAGACGCUCAGAGCGGCGAGGAGAGCCGCAAAGUCUAGACCAGGCCGGCAGGCUGCUGAUGCUAGCACACUACCAGCCCUUAAGCCCAGGGUCCGGCGUGGCUAUCGGGUUCAGCUCGCUGUGCUCAAGCAAAACUCCAAAUACUUCGACAAUCUGCUCAGUGACACAAGGUUUGCCGAGGCCAGGUCAAUAGAAGCUGCCUUCGAGCGGCUCAGCAUGAACAACGUGAAGCCGUCCGAGGCAGACGUCACGCAGCUCCCGGUGGUCAGGAUCCGCGAGGACGACGAGGCCACACAGUCGGCAGGCCUAGAGCCUGUCUUUGCCGACAUGCUGCGCAUCCUGCACAGGAAGCAGUCAACGGCCAGAGCCCCGACCAUGCACAAUCUUGCCGUCCUGGCUGUCCUGGCCGACCGCUUCGGGUGUACCGCCGCCGUGUCCAGGUAUCUGAACGCUCUAAAGUACAAGUGGCCUGCCACGCAGACAAGCUUGUCCAAGGAAGGCGGCGGAGCUGCUCUCACUGCCGCGGCAGAAGAGACACUCAGGCAGAAGAUCCUUGUGUCGUGGCUGCUCGAUCAACCGCUGAAGAUGCAUGCCGCCACCCGGGAGCUGAUUCUGUACGGCUCGAGGAGGUGGAGCGCAUUUGGCGAGGAAGACACCAACAAGGCCGUGUGGUGGGAAUUGCCGGACGACCUUGAAAAUGAACUACGACACCGCCGGGACUGCAUUCUAAACACCAUCGCCUCAGUCCAGCGACAUUUCAUCCAGCUGUACUCGUCCCGCACGCAGCAGUGCACGCUGGGCUACGGGUCCAGCUCAAGCUGCGACUCAUACCAGCUCGGACAGAUGGUCAAGUUUUUCAUCAGCCGCAACCUGCUGUUUCUGGUCGACUUCUCGCCCAAGUCGAUGGACAGCAUUCAGGACUAUGCCACAGUGAGCAUCCCUCACAUAAUUGCAACCCUCCGGCAGUGUCCCAGCUACCAGGUCGACACGAACCACCACAACUGCGGCCUGAGGACCCGUAUUCUGCCCAUCCUCGACCGCAUUCAAGCCCUGCUGUCAUCCAACAUAGUUUCUGUGUCUAGGCCAGCUUGGGGCAAAGACCGAGAAGCCGCGUCUUGGUGCCGGCGAGGGGCAAGUGACGGCGGCGAGCCAAGGGAGUUUCGCUUCACGCGUGCCAUGGCCGGGAACCAGAGUAUGCAAUUCGAAGGGGCCAUGGGGGUCGACAGACUGGCAAGGGAGCUCUUUACGGCGGACAGGUGGGAUUGGACGGCCGAAGACCGAGAAGAGCCGCGGGAACCGGGAUUGGGUAAGUGGAAUACGCCUACCCUUGGAAGGCAUGUGUAG